AUGUCCCCCUCUCCUCCGUCCGGGGUCACCUUGACCUCGCGCGAGGGGCUAGUCGCUGCUGCAUGCUGCAUCGGAAAUAGACUCGCUGAUGCAUUGCCAGCCUUUGUUAUGAGCGAAGGCGGGAGAGGCUCACAUCGUUCCGAGUGCUUUACUCAGAGCUUUCUCCGCCUUCAGCAGAAAUUCCGAAACCGCGCAGAGCAGCUGCAGCAACGGCAUCAGCAGCAGCAGCAGGAAGAAGCAGCACGCGGCAGGUGGGCGAAGCCCCUGUACUGCCCGGACAUCUACGGCGUCUCACCUGAGGCCACUGUGGAAGCACAAACAGGUGAGGGAGAAGGCGAUCUAAACAUUGACGGGGUCAUAUCCGCUCUCCUGGAGCGCAGCGGAGCUGCGGCUUCACCCUCACCCACAGCAGCAGCAGCGGAGACAACAACAACAGCAACAACAGCAGCGGCCUCAACAACGCCGGCAGGAUUGACGGAACUCGACUCGAAGCAGUUUGCUGAUGUGGAGCCUUUAAGCAAUGAACAGCUGCUGCAACAGCUACGGCUGCAGCUUUCAGCUGCUCGUUACCUACAGCAAGGGGUCCCACCACCGCCUGACCUUAUGCAUGCGAUAGCCUCGUCGCUUCCCAAUGGAGUUAGAGAGGAAAUGACAACAAGGCCUGUGGUUAUGCUCCAGCUAUCCAAACAGCUACGGGCCUACUCGCGUGAGCAUGUACUCCAGCAGCUAGAAGAGCGCAAGCGACUGCUGGAUUGCGUUUUAAGUGACGAUCCCAAAAUACGAGAGCGUUUCGAGCAUAUCUGCAGCCUUCCUGACACUGUCCGACGGCAAGCGUUGCUUGAGCGACGAUUAUGCAGUCUUUCUGCAUUCCAGCAGCGACUACGACGGAAUAUUCUGCGUGAAGCGCAGCAACAGUCUCUCCCUUUGGCCGAGCUCCUGCUGGAGCCCCAAGCCCCUAGAAGUGUUCACGAGCAGGCCCUCUCCUGUGGCUGCUGCUGCAUUAGCUGUUGCAAGGGCAGGCCUCCAAAUGCUGCUGCGACAUCAGCCGCCGUAACCGAUGAUGCACAGGCUUCAGCUGCAAGAGUGGCAGGAGGGGCAACGACAGGAGGGACGACGGCGGCAGGGGCAACGCCAGCAACAGCUACAGCAACAGCAGGACAACCAACUCCAACAACCACAACGGGGGCUACAGGAACUGCACUUCUCCCCCUCCCUGUUUCAUGCUGCGGUUGCUGCUGUGACACCAGUUGUGCGUCCUUCGCGGCAUCAACUGCCCCUUCUUCUGUUGCUAGCAGCUCCUUCUCUACUGCGCCUGCUGCAUCGCAACAAGGGGCAGCAGCCCGUGCUGCAUUAUUUGCUGCUCUAGAUCCCUUAGGACUAGCUGAUGUAGAGGGUUCGGAGCUCGUUCAGAAGGCUCAAAGAGCUCGAGCUGUGGCUGCAUCAGCUGUGCGCUCUGUUUUCUCGUCGGCGAACCUGCGUUGCUGUCUGUACACCCCAAACGAAAGAAGAGAGCAGCAGCUUCGCCUUGCGUGGGAGCGGGUGGUGCAGCAACAGGCUGGCUCUCUGCACAGACAAUGGAGGAGACAACGUGAAGAGGCGGCAGCCUUGGCAGUGGAGGCAGCCUCACAAGUUGCACAGAUAGAGCAAAUGAAGCUUGUAAUAAGAGAGAAGGAACAGAAAGAACGGAUGCGCCUUUUGAAGGAAAAUGAUUUGGAGGCUUACACUAAACUUGUGAAGCAGACGAAAAAUGAGAGGCUUCAAGAACUGCUGACUGCGACCGAAGAAUUUCUGGAGUCUCUCGGAAGAAAAGUGCAGGUUCAAAAGAUGGAGACGGACAAACUGUUGGCGCAGUCUCAGCCGUCUGGGGACGGAGGCGACAGCACCACGACCGUUACAGAGGGACCGUGUGGUGGUAACAAGGGCUUAGGGUCUCGCGAUCGCUACUACACGCUAUCUCAUGCAGUGCGGGAGGAAGUGCGACAACCAGAGUCUCUUGUUGGGGGCACUCUGAUGCCUUACCAGAUGGCGGGGCUGCAGUGGAUGCUGUCUCUGUACAACAACAACCUUCAUGGCAUUUUGGCUGAUGAAAUGGGUCUAGGUAAGACGAUCCAGACGAUAGCGCUACUGGCAUAUUUGAAGGAGUUUAAGAAUAAUGGAGGACCACAUCUCAUCAUUGUUCCUCUCUCGACACUGUCCAACUGGGCAGACGAGUUCGAGCGGUGGGCACCCUCGCUGAAAGUGAUGUUAUUCAAGGGAGCCCGCCUCGAGCGUCGACAACUGCAGCGUCAACUGAAGCAGAUCGACUUCAAUGUCUGCUUAACUACGUUUGACUUAGCUAUUAGGGAGAGGAGCGCCUUGGCCACUCCCAGUUGGAGGCACCUGGUGGUGGACGAAGGCCACCGCAUGAAGAAUAGCAAAUCAAAAUUUCACCUGUCCGUCUCCUCUUUUUCUGCCUCUCACCGUUUGCUGUUGACUGGCACUCCGCUCCAAAACAACCUAACAGAGUUAUGGUCCCUUCUUAACUUUCUUCUCCCCAAGAUCUUCUCCUGCGCAGAGGACUUCGAGAAGUGGUUUAGUCAGCCCUUUGAAGUGCAUGGAAUGAGUGUGGAGGGGACACCUGAUGGGGGUUCGAGUGGGGGUUCUCUGUUGAACGAGGAGGAACAGCUGCUGGUUAUCAACCGUCUGCAUGCAGUGCUAAGGCCUUUUUUGUUGCGGCGAGUUAAGAAAGAUGUGCUAAAAGAUAUGCCGGACAAGAAGGAGUACUUGGUACACAUUCCGCUUACAGAAUGGCAGAGGCUCGUCUACAAAAACCUGCAGGACAAGGGACUUAGCUAUGCUCGGGAGUUUUUUAGCAAGCGUAGCCUGCACAAUACAUUAAUGCAGCUACGAAAAAUUGCGAACCAUCCGUACCUGUUUGUGGAUGAGUAUGCACUUGACGAGACACUGGUGACAUCAUCUGGGAAGUUUGAGUGUCUGGACAGGAUGCUGCCUAAGCUGAUCCACUUCAAACACAAAACUUUAAUAUUUUCUCAAAUGACGCAAGUCCUUGACUUGAUGGCCGAUUACUUAGACAUGAGGGGUAUCAAACACGAGAGGCUUGACGGCUCCGUGGGCUUGCAGGAGAGGAAAGAACGCAUCGACUCUUUUAACCAAAAGAACGAAGAUGCGAUGGUUUUUAUGCUAUCGACCAGGGCGGGAGGGCUGGGCCUGAACCUACAGGCUGCAGACACUGUAAUUUUGUUUGACUCGGACUUCAAUCCUCACCAAGACCUGCAGGCCAUGUGCAGAGCUCACAGGGUGGGGCAGACGAAGCAGGUCAAGGUAUUUCGACUUGUGACAAUCAGUGGCGUAGAAGAAGUUAUUCUCCAGAGGGCCAACAAAAAACUGUCCAUUGACCAAAAGGUGAUUCAAGCAGGGAUGUUUGAUAACAAAUCCAGCGAAGACACCCGAGAAGAGAAACUGCGGCUGCUGCUGCUACUGGGCAAAAGCACAGGGACGGACGCUAAGGCGACGACACCUUUGCAGCUCAACCGGAUUUUAAGUCGAUCUGAGGAAGAAUUUGAGUGGUUCAACGAAUAUGACAAGAAGCUGUUGGGCGUAGACGGCGAUGGGCUCUGUCUUGGUGCAGACCGCAAUGGGUCCUUCUCAGAGCAGCAGGCCCUUUACGAGCCGCCUUUGGACGAGGAAGAGGAAGAAGCACCUCAAAACCUGCAGGACCAACCUCAGAAGCAUCAACAGGAGUUGCAGCAGCAACAGCAACAGCAGCAGGAACAGCAACAACAGCACGGCACUGCCACGCCUAUGACAGCAGAGGGAGAAGAGGAAGUCAAAAAUUUUUUAGAGGAAAAAGGGAGAAUUAUAAAAGCGAAGGAGCUGCCUGACUGGGUACUAGCUGCUGCUGCUGCAGCUGAAGCAGCAGCAGCCGCAGACGCAGCGGCAGCGGCAGAGGUAGCAGCGGAAGCCGAGGCUGCAGCAGCUGGGGACUUAGAGGGAGCAGAGACAAGUUGGUUAGUCACCUCCCGCAAGCGGCGAAACAUAUCCAGGCCAAACUACACCGAUGGGCUUUCAGAAUCUAAGUACCUGAAGCUAGUUGACAAAUAUGAGAACGGGGAAUUGGCCGAAGAGGACUUUCAAGAGGCCUUGGCGAAGGCGACAGAGAAAGCAGCCACACGGAGGCGACAGAAACCCUCGCCGGCUGCAAGCACGACAGGAGGAGUGCAAGGGGGCAACCAAGGGGGGGCCUUAACCAGCAAGAGAAAACCAAGGAGAAGUCGGCUCACCAGGGGCACUGAACUUUCACAGGAAACUGCGACAAACAGCAACGAUGCCACUCCGCAGCACGCACAGGAAAACGACGAUCAGCAGCAGCACAAGCAGCAGCAAAGAAUGGAAAUGGAAAUGGAAGAGUCCCCCGCAGAACAGAGUCAAGAUCUUGAUGCCGCUUCAUGA